AAACGCAAACGCUACGUAGCUUAUUGCUACAGUACCCUACCUUUAUCCGAGGAAAUGCUGGCCUGUGCAGCUAAACGAGCACCAGUUCAAAUUAUACAAAAGACUCCUGUGCGCGUUCUUAAGAGGCGAUCAUUAUUAGAGCGACCGCGAACCGUGCACACCAUGGAAAUGCUUCCUAUGGACAGUCACCAUUUUUUGUUGAGACUCGAAACUCAGGCCGGAACAUACAUAAAAGAGUUUGUCCAUGGUGACUUUGGCCGCACACGACCGUCGCUGGCUGAUCUCCUAGGGGUGGCUAAUGGGGAAGUCGAUAUUCUUGAUCUAGAUGUUGAUAAAGUCGACUAUGAAUGGCCUCUAGUUAAAGAUACUCCCAUAGUAUUCAGAUGA